UUCACUUUACUCUAUGGUUUCUGCUGCUGCCUUCAACAAACAAUCCUUCCACCCAUUUCCAGUGAUUUUCAAGCCGUUUGCUACAAAUAUCUAACAGAAAUGACAUCGAAAACCGAAAAGGACCGGGCCAAACAGAUCCAGGACCGAUGUCAGAACAUAUUGAUGGCUAUGCUGAAGGAUGAAGACAACAAAUAUUGUGUUGACUGUGAUGCUAAAGGACCGCGCUGGGCAUCAUGGAACCUUGGCAUAUUCCUGUGCAUCCGCUGCGCCGGCAUCCACCGGAACCUGGGCGUGCACAUCUCCAAGGUCAAGAGCGUCAACCUGGACUCCUGGACCCCGGAACAAGUGGUAUCCCUCCAACAAAUGGGUAACUCGCGCGCGCGCGCCGUGUACGAGGCCAACAUGCCGGACUCGCUGCGUCGGCCUCAGAACGACUCCUCCCUGGAGGCCUUCAUCCGGGCCAAGUACGAGCAGAAGAAGUACAUCGCCAAGGAGUGGGUGCCGCCCGCCCCGCCCAAGGUCAACUGGGACAAGGAGAUCGAUGAGGAAAUGGAGCGGCAGAAGCGGAAAAAGAAGUCGACCUCAUCGGGCCUGGGCCCCCUGCCCGCGCCCGCCAGCGACAAGAAAUACAACAAAUCGGACGUAAUUCCGAGCAUACCGAAGCCCAAGUCAUCAGUCAGCCCAAAGCUGGGCCGGAGCACGCCCACAGCCCAAGCAGAGCCCCCGAAGCCCACCAGCUCUGCGGACCUGCUCGGCCUGGACACCUCCAAGCCCGAGGCCAAGCAAGAUGACAUCUUCUCAAGCUUUUUCUCCGCUCCCCAAGAACCUGUUGAGCCUCCUAAAGAAGUCAAACCCGACUUGAAGACCGAGGAAGAAAAUUUCUUCAAACAACCCGCCCCGACUGAAAAGGAAAAGAACAAACUAACUAAAGAUAGUAUCCUAGCUUUAUAUAGUAAGACUCCUUUAGGAAGCCAAUUCAAUCAGCAAAGCUUCAACGCGCCGGCGCAAAGUCAGUUCAACCAAACACAGUUCAAUCAACCAGCUCAGUUCAACCAGCAACCAACCAAUCAGUUCAAUUCAACCAAUUUUAAUCAACAACAGUUCACUCAACAGCAGAAUCAGUUCGGUUUCGCUAACGCGUUCCAAUCGCAGCCUUUUAACAAUGCGGUACAAAAUGGUUUGCAACAACAGCAACAACAACAGUUUAACCAGUUCCAGUCGAUGCCCGGCCAGUUUCAGCAGCCCUUCGGACAACAACAGUUCAACUCCGCCCAGCAAAGUUUCCCUCAAAAUAACCAAUUGUUCAACCAGCCUCAACAGCCGCUAUCCCAGCAAUUCGGCUCUUUAAACUUAAGCCAGGGUUUCUCUAGCGCGUUUCCGAACGCCAAUGUUGCCAGCAAUAGCACUUGGCAGUAACACGUUUUUAGAGACGUUCCUACACGUUAUUUUUUUUGUGAUAGUUUGUUUUAUCUAUGGAGCAUUUGUUAUCUGUGCAAAGGAGUCGAUUUGUUUUCGAUUGUACUGGAGGACAAUAAUAUGAAUACGCGUAGUCGCGAAUUUACUGUAAACUUGAAUUCUUUAG